AAGAGAAUACUAUCGAAGUCAAAAUACACCCGAAAGGCCGAAACUAUGUAAUUGCAAUUUAGGAAUGAACCGGCGCCAGAUCCACCACCUAACAGACGCUAGAUAGUUAUAUAGGCGAAAAAUGUCCGGCCAAGAGAAAAUCGGCACUGGUCCCACCACCUAACCGAAGCCAGUCAUAUCUUUAUCAUCUUUAUUGUUUAUAUACUAAAAGACACUACAUGGCGAAGCUCGCCAUUUCUCUUCUACGCUAGGGCCUAAAAUGUAAUUUCCGCUCACCAUUGCGAAGCUCGCCAUUUCUCUUUGCCGCAUUAUCCUCUCUUCUUCUUCACCUAAUUUUUCAUAAGAUUUUCGUGGAUCGCUUCACUCUUCCAAAUCCUUACUUUAAAUAGCUUGAAUGAAAUGCUUGAAUGAAAUUCAUUAAUUGCAUAUUUCAUGUUUGAAGAAAUGCUUGACAAGGCACCGACACUGACUGUCGAUGCUCAAGCUGCGGAUUCCCAUUGGCUCCGAAAUCGUUCAAUUUAUAUUCUUAUAUGGAGUAUUUUCAAGGGUGGUUUCUAAAUAUGAUCUUCCCCUCUUUUACAUUUUUGUGCCACUUCCCAGAAUAUUUGUGCUCAUCUUGAAGAAUGACAGUAAAGAGUUGUUGCAAAGAAGUCAAUACCAAUUUAUCUCCAUUAGUACUUCUUCCGACAGUGACAUAAUGAAAUUUGUUUGUUCAUUUUCAUUCAGAGAAUGGAAUGUCACCCCCACAAUAUUCACCGGCGCCACGAACACAUUUGACGCCAAGUUUAUGGUCAAGCUCCCGUGCCAAGGAGAAGAAACUGGUUACUUUCACACCCUCCAAACUGGACAACACCUAAAUCUAUUCAAUCUAUUCGGAGGAAAUCGUCCAACUUCGUGAAUCGAAGGAGAAAGGAUCAUUUCACAUUACCUGGAUAGGGAGAAAUUGAGUGCUGAUUGUCAUGCGUGAUUCACAUUCAACCCUUUUGACUCUCUUAUAUAAUGUCAGAUGAAACAAACCUUAAAUUGCAAUUUAUCAUCUUAAAAUAAAGUGCGUGUUUGGAGGUACUUUUAGUUCUGAUGAGUGAUUAAUGUUUACUGAAUUAUAAUAGCUUUGUAGUUGUCGAUGCAUCAUUAAUAUUAUUUUAUUCCUCUUUUUUUGUCAUUUACCUCUCGGUUCGGACAAUGUAAUUGCAUUGCAUUUUGAUAUCUCUACUUUUGACAGUUAAA